AUGAAUGUAAAGGACGCAGAACAACUUAUACGCGAAAUAAGCGAGACUAACAACAUAAAUGAUCUAUCAUUCGUAUGGCCAAAGGAAUCUAUUCCAUCUGCGCUUCCUUUGGGUGAUUCGGAAGGUGCAACACGCGAUUUGAACCGUCUUCUCGACUUAUUAGCUAUCGUGAAGCCAGUACAUGGCGCUAAGAAGCCAAUGGAUUAUAAACAUAUGAUACGUUUGAUAGAAUUAUAUGACUUGGUACCAAAAGAAGUUAUCAAUAAACUCAAAAGCCGUUUAUCAGAAGUAUUCGACGAUAACGAUCUUAUAUCACAACCCGAACUAUCAAAUAGGAGAGAAAAUCCAGUAUCUUACAAAGACAAACUUAAUCCAGACUCCGAUAAAUUUAAAGAAGCUUUAGCAAAUUUCAAUAAUCGUAACUUACAACAAUCGUCAUCGAAUCGAACAAACAAUGGCAUAUAA